UCCAAAACAUCAGUCCCUCGGCUGAACUUCUGCUCUCAACACGAUUGAAUAGUGAAUAAAAUCAGCGUUUUUCACAUUGAAUUGUAGUUUAAAAGCUGAGCUGCUGUUCUAAUACUAAGUGAACGCGAAAUGGAUCUGCGUAUUCGACAAUAUUUAUCAAAAGCGGAGGAGAAAAGAGAUGCUGCGUAUUUGAGGAAAGCGUAUGAUCUGCUUCGAGCGUCUGAUGCCAGAUCUCAGUCUGAGCUCAGUGUUUUGUGUGCUGAACAGUGUCUACAGCUGGGCUGCUGGGAAAUGGCUGAGGACUGUUUAAUGAUGUUCUGGGAAAGGAAAGCUCCAGUGAAUCAGUUCCUGUGUCGUGCACAUCUCUGCCAGGGUCAGCUCAUCUCCUCACGCUCCAUUAACACAGCGGAGGACUUGGAGAAGGCUGUGAUGUGCUUCCUGAAGGCCAUAGAGAUUGCCAAAGACAAGUGCAGAUACCAUUUCCUAGUCUUCAACGCUUCUCUGCUGUACUUCCAAGCGGUCCGGCGGUUCCUGAGGCCCGGUCAGCGGCAUCUCCUGGUGAAUUCACUCUCGCAGGUUCUCAAGGCUCUGGAGGAGGUUCAGGAUCCGGAUCACGCAUGGAGAGCUGAGCUGAUGCUACAUCUGGUUGAAUGUUUGCUGGAUGCUGGGAAGAGGACAGAAGCUGCUGACAUGGCGAAGGUCACCUACCAGUUUAUAGAUGCACAUAACCCAGAGCUGCGUCCCAGGAUCGUCUCCAUACUGGUUCGACACAACCUCAUGGAUGUCUCUAAGAUGUUGAAGGAUGAAAACCCACAACUGCUCGUGAUCCACAAGAUCCAAAAGCUCAAACAUAUGGUUGAUGUCAGUGAGAUAAAGAGAGAGGAUGGAGAGAACGCUCUGAUGGAGAUCCUCCAGCUCCUCAUCCAGACACCAAAACACAGAGCAUCCGUCAGCCACAGCUCCAGUGCUUCAUCCGUCAGCCGCAGAUCUGCUGCUUCACCCAACAUCAGCCCAAGAGGAUCUGCCACUCCACCUGUCAGCCCCAAAGAAUCCACUACUCCACCAUUAACCCCCAAAAUAUCCACUACUCCGCCCGAAGCUCCUAAAGGAUCAACUACUCCUCCCAUCAGCACCAGAGGAUCCACUACUCUACCCAUUGUGACCCCUAAAGUAUCAACCACUCCACCCUUAACCCCUAAAGGAUCCACUACUCCACAUUUAACCCCUAAAGGAUCCACUACUCCACCCAUAACCCUUAAAAGAUCCACUACUCCACCCAUAACCCCUAAAGAAUCUCCUACUCCACCUGUUUUGAGCCCCAGAGGAUCCGCUACUUCAAUCGUCAGCUCCAGAGCAUCCAUCAGCUCCAGUCUGGACCACAGCUCCUCCAUCCCACUGAGUGACAGGGUUGAUCUGCUGUUGGAGCUGGCGUUUCUCUCUCUGCAGCUCCAGCAUCCCCAGACAGCCGUCCUCUGCCUGAAGGAGCUCAGAGAGACACAGGGACUCACGGUGGGUCAGCGUGUUCUUCUGGAGUGUGUGCAGUGUGAGCUCGACCUUCACACACACCCACACCGGAUAGAGAAAUACUCCAGAUCUGCUGUGGAGUUCCAGCUAAGUGUGUUGCUGCGUCUGGAGGCGCUGCUGCAGAAGGCCAUGAAGGAAGCAGACGCUGCGGUGGUUCAGGCAGUGUGUGUGUGUGUGUGGAACACGUGUCUGCCGCUGCUACAACACAACCUGAGGAGGAGAGUCAAGAAACCACUGAUCACACUCACUCGCGCACUGGAGGACACACACAGUGUGCUGCUGGAUGUCCUGUGCUGUGCUCAUGCUGAACUGGCGUCUGUCUCCGAGGACGAGGAGAGUCUGGAGUCUGCAGUAACUCACCUGGAGAGAUCAGUGUGUGUGUGUCCCCAGAGCGAGCGUCUGUCCUCCCGCCUGCACCACCUCUGUCUGCGUGCCUCCAUGCACAAACACACCACUCCUGCUGGAGCCCUGGAUCACGCACACACACUCAUACUGCAGGCUGGAGAGGUCAGAGGUCGUGGGCUUGUGAAGAAGUGUCGCCCUCUACUGGUCCGGGCAGGAAUCACACUGGCUCCUGAAGCUUUCCAGAGCGUUCUCGAUGCUGACCGCAGGAUCACAGAUGCUGAGGGUCUGGAGCUACUCGCUGCUAAAGCUCAGCAUCACAUCAGCUGUGUGCAGAAGGUGGAGGAGCAUCUGUCUGGACUGAACAACUGCUCAGAUCACGCUCAGAGGGUCAGAUUGUGGGCGUCUCUGGCCAAAACUGCCCGUAAGCAGGAGGUGUUUGAUGUGUGUGUCGCCGCCUGCCGCUUCUGUCUGCUGUAUGAUGAUGGCCGGUGGAGGAACACGGGUGAACAGGAGAGCGCAGUGAGUCCAGAGACACAGAGAGAACUGCUGCGACUGCUGGCCGAGGUCCACUUCAUUAGCGCUGAGGUAACCAUUCUAAAACUUCGCUCUGAGGGGGUGGAGCUGAAUGGAUCUGCUGUACCACCUGAUAAAAGAAAGACACACCCACCUGAGGACGAUGCCCACUGGAAGCUGUACAGUGAUUGGAUCAAGGAUCUGUCAGCUUACGCCAUUGGUCAGUUCCUGCGAGGGGCGGAGUUGGGGGUGGAGCUGUGUGAGGCGUGGCUGGUGGUGAAUGCAGCUGUUUAUCUGUGGAACUACAGCAGGGAUGUACUGUCCAGAGGAGAAUAUCUGCUGCUGCUGCCCACAUUCAGCCGCAUGCUGGAGCUGCUGAGACACACGGGGCAUGCUGGUGAGCUGGUUGUGGUGGUGCUGCUGUGUGACGCUGUGGCUCAAGGACUCCUCCAGCAGUGUGUGUGUGUGGAUCCGGAACCCCAGAGCGCGGUAAAAGCAGCAGAAAAGACUAAGAAAAGUCGAGGAAAGAUUGUGGAGAAAACAGGCUUCACUGCGGGCCCUCAGCUGGAAACGGCGGCUCUGCAGGACAUCAGGAGAGCUUUAGAGGUGUGUGAGUAUGCUCUGAAGCUGUCCAAUGGGAACAUUGAUCCAGUGCCUAUCAUGGUGAGGAAGAAGCUCUUGAGCACGUGGGUCUCCGUUAAACAGCAGCUUCAGCAACAGAUCGGACUUAAACUGGACAUCAAUGAUGAGAGUGAAAAUGAAGCCGUCUCCGCCAUGUCUCGAGUGCUGAUCGCUGUGGAGAUGCUUCAGUGUAACAGGAAGUCCAAACUGAUGGAGUUUACAGUUCCUGCUCUGUCUGUGCUGGUGGAGAUGGCGUCGGGCGUUCAGUGGUCUGAUCCUGCUGUAGAGCUCUGUGUGUGGACUCAGCUCGCUCUGUCCGCUCAUCAGACCCGUGAUCAUGACCUCGUCCUGACCUGCACCCAUAAUGCACUGCAGCUGGAGCAGAGCGCCGUUCACAGGUUGGAGACGGACUCCAGCGCUCUGCUGAGUGUGUGUUCAGUGCAGGAGAUGCUGAGCAGUGCAGCGUGUGUGAGGGGUCAGAGUUUGCUUCAUGAGGCCAGAGCUCAUCACAGCACAUAUAUGGAGGGUCUGCGAGCGCUGCUGUCCGCCGUCAGGCUGGCGGAGCAGGCGGGCAGCUGGCCUCUGUGUGUGAGCGCAGCGGGUCUCUACUGGACCUCCUGUGUUUCUCUGCUGGACUCCAAGCGCCUCCGAGCACAGCUGAGAGAACCACUGGAGCUCAUCCUGAAGACCCUGACACGCACACACAGCAAACACACACGCGGCAAACUUAAACAAGCGUCUGUACUCAAGCAUGACAGAGCAGCGAUGGAGACAUCUCCAAGCACACCUGCUGGUGAUGGUGUUGAAGAGCUGGAGCUGUGGUCGUGUGUGUUAAAGGCUGUGCUGAGUGUUCAUGCAGACGCUGCAGACUGGAGGAGCAGCAUUCACCUGCUGGAGGAGAUCCUGAGAGAGACUGCAGACGCCACACAGCACAGAGUGCUGUUGCAGCAGCGUGUGGAGCUGAAGGCCAGGUCGUGUGUGUGUGUUCUGCUGGACGUGCAGCAGCUCUGCAGUGGUGAAGAUGAGCUCUUCUGCUCUGCUAUGUGGCGUCGAGCAGCUCUCUGUACCACAGACACACACCAGCAGAUCCACUACUACCACAACGCCAUCACUGCGCUCAAGAGUGGUGUGUGUUGUGUGCAGCUGUUGUGUGUCCUGCAGCAGGUCUCCUCCAGCAUCAGUGUGUGUGGUGUGUUUUCUCUGCUGAACCUGCGGGAGAAGCUGAUCUCUGAACAGGGGCUCCGAGACGGCGGCGUACAGACAUCACUGAACCGAGAGCUGCACACACUCUCUACGGCCUGCAGUCAGCUGACCAUAAACCCCAAACACCUGAGCAUUCUGGGAGAAAUACCUGCACACUUCAGGAUCCUGCUGCUGCAGCACUCUGAGGACAGUUCUGUGCUGUAUGGAGGGUUUUAUGAGAAGGUUAAAGCCACAGACACACAGAAGGGGAAGAUGUUUUCUCUGCGUCUGAAACCAACGCCACAUCGACCCGCUCCAGAGACAAGGAGGAGAGAACCACUGAUAAAACACAGACGGAUGUGUCUGAGUGUGUGGUGAUCCUCGCUGACCGCACACUGCUGGAGUUCCCAUUAGAAGCACUGAGUGUGUUUCAGAUGAACGGCGUCAGCUCCGUAUCCAGAGAUUUCUCGCUGCAGAUUCUCCAUUCACGUCUGCACUCAGAGGACAGCGAUGUGGUUGACGAUCAGGAGGAAGAUGAUGGAAAGCAGAGCGAGAACUCGAGUCCAGCACAGAUCAUGAGGAAGAUCAUCACACACACACCGCAAUUUACAGCUCAGUGGGAGGGAAUGAUGGGUGGCCGGCACACACGCAGUGUUUCAGAGCUGGAGCAGAUGCUGGAGUCCUGCAGCGCCUUCAUCUACUGCAGCAUCAAGAGCUUUUCCUCCUGUUUCCCUCCUGCAAAGAUGGCCACGCUCAAUCUGUGUGGUUGUCAGAUGGUUUUACUCUUUGACUGCGGUCAGAACACAGACGGAGAACAUCAGAGGUUAAACAUCCACAGUGUUGUGUGUGCAGACGCUGCUCUUAGCUCAGUGUAUCUGCUGACCCUCAGUGGAGUUCAUUCAGUCCUGAUCAACCAGUGGCAGAGCAGCACCGCAGAAAACACACACAACAUGAGCUCCAUGCUGAACCAUCUUCUGGAAGGUGGACUGACGUCAGGACGAGCCGCUCAUGUUUUAAGAACACACAGAUCAGAAAACACAGAAUUCUGCAGUCAGACAGCUGUAAAUGAAGACGCUCAGAGAAUCACCCUCAGCGCUGCUCAUUUCAACAUGGUCCUCUAUGGCCUUCCGCAUGUCGUGGUGACGUGAACGCAAGCUUUAUUUCUCUUCCUGCUAAUAAACUCUUAUUAAUGC